CUUGUCGGUUGGUCUCCCUUCUCACCUGCCGUCCGUCUGGAUGCUGUCAUUUGUGGUUUUGGCAGGGCAGCUGCUGCUGCUCAUCGGGGGCGCUGUGUUUGGCUCCCUGGUGCUGCUUCUGCUGCUGGUGAAAUGGUGGCUGGAGAGGCCGCUGAGGCAGCCCAUAGGGCGUGUGAGGGCGGGAGGUCCGUUCAAGGGCCAGGCGCCGGACGAUGACACCUAUGAAGGUAGGUGUGGAAGGAAGGCGCAAAGAUCUGUGUGUGCAUUGUGUGCGUCACGUCGGUCGUGGUUCGGUUGCAGUGUGCAUCGUGGGUGCUGGGCCUGCCGGGUCGUCGUGUGCAUACUUCUCUGUCAAGGUAAGCCGCUAUCGACACACCAAUGUGCGAGCGGAUCUUAUCUCUCCCUGUGUGUGCGUGGUUGUGUGUGUGUGUGUGUGUGUAGGGCGGCGUCAAGACGCUGCUGUUGGAGCGGAAGACCUUCCCGCGCGACAAGUACUGCGGCGAUGGUGUGUGCACGCCCGCCAUCAACAUACUCGAGGAGAUGGGCGUCAUGAAGGCAAGCAGCAGACAGACAACCGCUGACACCACACGAGGCGGGGCCAUCUGCACACGUGGGCUGGCGCAUGCGUGUGUGUGCAUCUGUCUGUUAACACAGACCCUGAAGGAGAACAACGAGGUGAAGUUUGCCGAUGCGGGUGGGCUUGUCAGCCCGGCCGGACUCUCAUACAUCGGUGGGUCAACGAGUGAGUGAGUGGAUGGAUGGAUGGAUAGGCAUAGGCAGCCUAGGCAGAUCAUUUAUUUGGUGCUUGCUUUGAUGGGGCUGGCUGGGCUGAUCAGGUGCGUCGGUUGAGAAGCUGGGCAACGCUGCCGCGUGUGCGGUGAAGCGGCUGCAUCUCGACAUGAGGAUGGCAUUCGCCGCAAGGGACGCUGGUGCGCACAGCACACAGACAGCCCAACAGCUGCGCUGCGUGGGAAGAGCACAAUAUAAUGAGGCUUUCCUGUUCCUCUAUCUAUGUGUGUGCAGGUGCGAGUCUGCUGGAGGAGCAAGACGUGAUUGGCGCCGAGUUCGAUGACAGCCGGGGGAUCUGGACCGUCAAGACGGAAGCAGGCAGGCACAGCACAGCACAGCACAGCAGGGCCACACUGGCUGACACACACACGAGGAUGGCAUGGCAUGAGUGCAGGUGCGAGCUACAAGGCCCGUCUGCUGGUGUGCGCCGACGGUGCACCUUCCAGGCUCGCCACCAAACUCGGAUACUGCACGUAAGUGGAGUUGAGUGAGGGACAUCUAACCUCACCAAACACACUGCACUGCCCGUCAUUGUGUUGUGUUGUGUUGUGUUGUGUUGCGAUGACUGCAGUGAGGCGCCCAAGGGGAUAUCGAGCCGUGCCUUCAUUAGCGGCAAACACAACACCAACUUCGACGGUGUGUCCUCCAGUCAGGCAGUCAGGCAGACAAGCGACUGACAGACGUGUGUGUACCGUACGUGUGUGUGCGCUGCUGCGCUGUGCUGUGCUGUGCUGUGCUGUGUUGGUGCGUCGCGUCAGGUGUGUGUUUCUACUUGAAGGGGGCGCUGCCGGGUUAUUGCGCCAUCUUCCGGCACCCCAACGAUGAGCUCAACUUCUGCUACUACCUCAUUCCGUGCGGCAAAGAGGUACGUACAGAGAGAGGCACAUUAAUUACAUUGCCACACCACACCAUCACACAUACGCUGGGCGAACGAACACCGAUAGACACGAUGUGUGUGUGUGGGGGGGGGGUGGGUGCCAGGGCAUGUGUGGCGACGUUAGUGAGAAGGAUUUGCCCAGGCUGCACAACUACGCCAUCAAGGAGGACCCAUUCGUCAGUGCUGCCAUCGGCAAACAAGCCAAAAUCGAACCCAUGAAGGCAGCAGCGGUGAACACACAACACAAGCCAUGGAAACAGACGCAUGGACAGACAGACAGACAGACAGACAGGCACGUGUCUGUGUGUCGUUCGUUUGUCAUCCCCAGCUUCGCCUUGCGCGUCAAGGGGUGUCCAAGAGUUACGGCCCUCAGCUGCUGAUCGUGGGUGAUGCGGCCGGACAAUGCGACCCACUCACCGGUAAGUAAGGCUUGGCUUACUCACCGACGUCGCAAGAGCUCAUUCAUACACACAAGGAGAUUAGAUAGAUCACCAUGUGUGUGUGUGUGUCUGUGUGUGCUGUGUCUCUGUGUGCAGGUGAGGGCAUUCACACGGCCAUGAUUGGCGGCAAACAGGCGGCCCUGACCAUCAUCGAAAUGAGCAGGGAAGGCGACUACUCGGAGGAAUCCUGCAAGGUACGUACGGUACCUUGCGUACCUGACUCAUGUCAUGAAAACAUCCAUCCACAUGUGAUGUGCAUGUGUGUGUUGUUGCUGUGUUGUGGUUGGUGGAUUGGAUUGUUCAGGUGUAUGAGGACCGCUGGCUGAAGGAGUUUGGCCACGACUUCCCCAUCGUAUGUCAUCGGUUGCACACCACACACGCCCGAAAGACAGACACCCCUCUGCUGCGCUGCAGUGCACAUCAUCACACAUGAAUGCCUUUCUGCAUGCAUGCCUGCCUGCCUGCCUGUGCUCACUCAGUCGGUGAUGGGUUCGUGGCUGCUGUGGAAGUGCCCCAUGCUCAUCGACGCUACGGCAGCUGAAAUGCAGGUUAGUGAGUUAUGGAUGGAGCACGAAACCCUAUCUAUCCGCAUGUGAUGUGUGUGCUGUCUGUGCUGUGUGUGCAUGUGUGCAGCGUCAGGGCGACAAGAUGCUUGCUCUCUGGGCGGAGCUCAUGACGUGCAUGAAACCCAAGGCAAGGCAGGGCCCUGCACGCCAACCCAAUAACACAUUCGCACACGACAGACACGUGCCCCAUGUCCCCAUGUAUGUUGUGUUGGUGUGUCGUUUGUUUUGUGUGUCACUCCUCACUGAUCAGACGUAUUUCCUGCACCCGUCAAUCGCGCUGCCUUUGGGUGUGGCUGUGGUGCGGCGGUACCUCUCCACCCUCAUCUUCGGAGAGGCCAAGCGACAGCUCUAGAGUCUAAGGGGGCACCUUUAGCGCCCUGCCCAACAAACACUCCACACACGCGAAACGAGACGGGGGCCAGUUUUGUCUGUCUGUGGUGGGGGAGGGAGGGAGGGAGGGAGGGAGGGAGAAGUCAGAGCAGCGAGUGAGUGCCCUUUUUCCGUUUCGUUUCGGUACUUUGUCAGCGGUCUGUCUGUUUUGUCGGAGGGAGUUGCACCAUACAUUUGCUUUGUUCUGCUUGCUCUAAGCCGCUCGUGUGCCUGCCGCCCUGUCUGGUCACUCACCCACCCAGACAGACAGCAGAGACAUGCGAUGCAUGCGAUGCGUCGGGUCGGAUGGGCGUCGCGUGACUGACAUGUGCGCUGCGCGUAGAAGGGAAUGAAUGAUAAGUGAGGGCAAUGUAAUGUUUACCUUUGCCAGCCGCCUGGCACCAUGUAGGUGUGUCUGACCGACGAAAUAUACGGCAGUAGUAGUCAGUCGCUUGAGCGUGCAUAUAACCCGCCCCUACCUGCACUGCAGUCACUUGCUGUCUUGUCUGUCUGUCGUGUCUGCCCCGCCUCCCCUCUAUUUUGCCUGGGGCGUGCAGUGCACAGUUUUGUGAUCUGAGUGUACAGUGCGUGAGCGUGUGAAGCGACGGCCCGGUACACGCGCCCUUGAAUACAGUCCAUUUUGCAGCCCUAACAACAGUUUUUAUGACCAGCAAAGCUAAGGACGGGUGACCUGGGGAAAAGAAAUAGGAUGCACCGCAAGAAGAACAAGGCGGCGAGGAUUCGGAACAGGAGAAUGGGGCGAGAAUGCA